AUGUUCUUCUCCUUCUCUCGCAUUGUCUCCGCCGCCGCCGUCGUGGCCUGCGCGAGCUCAGCCCUCGCGGCUCCCAUUUGCUCCGUUUCCAGCUCGGGCGUCCGAACAGGCUCGUCCAACUCCACAUCUUCAACAAGCGGAAUCGCUAACGUCGGCUCCCUCCCUACCUUUACCUCUUCCUUUGCUACCCCCACUCUGACAUCCACACCCGUCGUUUCCUCUGCCCCCGCUGUCUCUUCUACUCCCGUCGUUUCCUCUGUCCCCGUCGUCUCCUCCCCCGCCGUCUCUACCCCCGUCAUUUCUUCUGCCCCUGCCGUCUCCUCCACUCCCAUUUCCUCUGCCCCCGUCCCCACCACGACCUCAGGGUCUGGUUCUUCCAACUCCACCUCCGGCUCUGGCUCCUCCAACUCUACCUCUGGUUCAGGCGGCUCCACCUCUUCCUCCGGCCCUCACUUCCUCGUCUACAGUGAUGCAUGGGUUUCUGGCGAGAACGGCCCGCCAAACGUUUCAGAGAUCAAUGGCUACAACGUCUUUGCUCUCUCCUUCCUCCUCGCGUCUGGCUCCGUUGACCAGGCACAGGAAUGGGAAGAGCUCGAUGCGUCCACCCGAGCUUCCAUCAAGUCCCAGUACAACGCCGCCGGCGUGAAGCUCAUCGUUUCCGCCUUCGGAUCCACUGAAGCUCCCACCAGCUCCGGCGACGACCCCGUCAACACCGCCAACACCAUGGCUGCCUGGGUCAAGCAGUACGACCUUGACGGCAUUGACAUUGACUACGAGGACUUUGACGCCAUCAACUCCGGCAACGGCGCCGUCGACUGGCUCGUCAAGUUCACCACUCAACUCCGUAGCCAACUGCCUUCCGGCCAGUACAUCAUCACUCACGCCCCGGUCGCACCUUGGUUCUCCAACAACGCCCAGUUCCAGGGUGGUGCUUACCUCCAGGUCGACCAGCAAGUCGGCAGCAUGAUUGAUUGGUACAACGUUCAAUUCUACAACCAGGGUGCCUCCGAGUACACUGACUGUACCGGACUCCUCACCCAGUCCUCUAGCACUUGGCCCAAGACGUCGGUCUUCGAGAUCGCCGCUGCAGGCGUCGACCUCAACAAGCUGGUCAUCGGCAAGCCCGCGACCGCCUCCGACGCCACCAAUGGGUACAUGGACCCCGCCACAUUGGCUACAUGCGUCGAUCAGGCAAAGGGCAAGGGCUGGAAUGCGGGUGUCAUGGUCUGGGAGUUCCCCUCUGCAAGCCAGUCGUGGAUCUCCACCGUUCGUGGCUCCGCAUAUCCGGUCUAA